AUGCCUCGACCACAUACCACACCUGCUAAAAAGCGAAAGACGAAUUUUAAGACACACUCGGAACGGGCGCGUAUGGAGUCUGAUAAUACUUUAGCGCUGCCAAAGUUAUUCCGACCCAAACACUCGUUUACUUACAAUGAACUACUGACCUUGUUCAGAAGCUGUUUUAAAGAAACAGAAGAGGAAAGAAGCGGGAACUAUUCCGUGAUCAAUCAGAGCUCAUCCAUGACGGAGGGAUUACCGAUAGCGUUAGAUAAUCCCAACAGUACUAUUGAGAAUUUUGAAACACUCAUAACAACUGUGGAGCAGAUAUUGAACAAGAACAAAAACGCCAAGCAACCAGAAGAAUAUGAACAUGAAUCAUGGUUUCCUGUGGUUACUAGCAAGUAUUAUGUUUCUUUGCUCAGUGUUCUGUCCAGUCAAGAGAAAAACAAUUUACAAGAAUUAUGUUCCCUACUCCAAAUCUUAGAGUUUGGCUGUUUUAGUAUUCAAAAAGCGUUCAAUUCAUAUGAGAAUGAAAGAUCAGGAUCCAUAGCAGAACAUGCUCUGACUGCAAAAGUAUUCGUUCGUCAUUUGUUGUGCCUUUCGCUUGCCUUAGAAAAGCUUGAAACUGACAAUGGUAGCAUGCAAAAACUUGGUGUGAGUAUAGAACCAUGGCUACACUCAUUAUGUAGCUUCUUUGAUCAUUUGAAUGAUCUCAUUGAAAGAAAACUGUUGCGAUUGCAUUCUUGUUUAGAGGUACUUAGAAUUUGUAUCCCCAAGUUGUUGCGUUGCAUUUCUUCAUUCGGUAAAAAGAAUACGCGUGUCAUUUGGGAAUCCUUUGAACCGAUGCUGUUACAGACGUUUGCAAUAGGAACAGACUUUGACGAGAAUGAACAGUCAGAUAUUUCCGAAAACCAUUGUGAUCCGUCCUCCAGUUAUUCGACAUGUCUUUUGGUAUUCGAUUUAGUCAAAGAUAAUUUAAUAGAUGCACAAAGUGCCUGUAAUUGGAUGUUGAGGUCACAUGAUAUUGAUUCAGAGUACUUGUUUCAAAUUCUGUAUUACUUGCUGUGGUAUUGUAAAGCACGGUUAGCCAAUAAUGAGAAGAAUCACAGAAAAUUAGAUGUAAGCUCAGUAGUAGAGGUUUUUAGCUUAGUGGCAAAGGCUCGACCGCAAAUCAUGAAUUUAUUUGUCGAGGAAAUGAGUUUCCUUAAUUGUUCUAACGGUUCCGUUAGAAAAUACCUUCUCGAAGUGCUGGCCUCAUGUGCUUAUCUUGGAACUGGCGUUGUUAAUCUCACAUGCUUGAAUUUUAUUAUCAACAGAACGGAUGACAAGGAUGGAUUUGUAAGAUCUAAGGCAUUUCAGACCAUGUCUGAAGUUUGUGGGAAAGUAGUUUGGAGGAGAGAAAAUGAACAGCUAUUUUCUUCGAUUGUGGAUUGUGCUUGCAAACACGUCUUUGACAAAACUAAAACCGCUAGAGUUGCUGCAAUCGACUGUCUGACAUCCUUAAUUUCAAACAACCCAUUCACAAAGAAUUUUUCUUGUUUUCACAAAGAGAAGCAGGGGGAAUUGUUGUCAAAUCAGAACAACUUUGAAAAUGACCAAAACGAAGGUAUGAAUUACAGUUCAUGUCACCAGUUUUUAUCCAAGAUUGAGGACUUGAUGCCAAAACUGUUUGACUCUCUUAGAUUUGUCGUUAGUGCUGGUCCUAGUAUGAUGUGCAAAGAUUCAUUGAUAUCAAUAUUCAAACUCCUUCAAGUUAUCAAACAAUAUAACAUGUUCAGCAAUUGGAGUUGUCUGAUUGCACUUGUUCAUCCCGAAAUGUCAGAUGUUGCUUUAAAGGAAAUUGCUAGUUUUUUUGCGGCUGAUUUUAUGAAGGGCCGUCCAUGGAUAUUAAUAAUGGAUACAAUGGGAGACUGGAGUCAGCUGCAAAUGGUUGAUAGAUGGGCUCAGGUUAUAAAAACCCUCAAAACCUUGCAGAAGGACAUUCAUUUUGCACCAAUUGUUGAGCAGUGUAACCAAUACGCUGAAGAUCCAAGAUAUAUAUGGAUCAUGCUUGUGUUGAGCAAAGUUGACAAAAAAUAUGGGACUUUAAUUAAUACUACCAAAAUUUUGCAGAAUUUAGAAUCGGCAUUUAAGGAUAAGGACGGAAAUGGUAUUAAGGCAUCCGUGUGUCUGCGUCUACUUGAAUUUCUUUGCAAAACAGAUACUUCUUUGGUGAAAUGGACAGAAGAGUUCAUUGAGAAGUAUAUUACUGAACUCUUGUUUUCGUUUCCUGAUGAGACCGUUUCUCUUAUAUUCUCUCUUCCCAACAACAGGAGAACUGCGUAUUAUGGAAUCGGAAAGGUUGAAAGUGAAUUAUGGAAAGAAUGGUCUGAAGGCAAGGCUGUGCCCUGUGCCAAAAUGGUGUCCUUUUGUAAAAUCAUUGGAGAUAUUUGCUUUAGAAGUUGUCAGGAAAUUAAAACCAUCGCUACCAACCAGUUUAUAGAGAGUUCUGAAAGCAUGAUGAUAGAUGAGGACCACGACGGGGAAUGUGAAACUGACAGCUGUGUUAAAGAGAACCAAAAAGAGCAGACGAAAAACUUGCUUAUUCAAAAAGCCAUUGAUGAGACAAUGGUGAGUGGGUUUCUGUCACGCUAUGUUCUUCUGUUAAAGAACAUUUUGAACUCCAACACAACCAAGUAUGUGAAAAGCUUUGCUGUGCUUGCUCUAGGCAAAAUUAUGCUUGUUUGUCGCUCGUUGGCAUUAGAAAUUUAUUGUCAAGUCGUGGGAUGCUUGAAAAGCAUUUUCACAACUAACGAACAUCAUUUAAUUUGCAGUUGCUUGGUCGUACUUGCAGAUGCAUUUUCUGUUCUUCCAACAGAAGCCGAGGAUAACAACGAUCUCAUUUUGAAAUAUGUAAAGCAUGAAAAUAAGGUUGUUGCUGACACUGCCAAAAGACUGGUCCAGGAUUUAUUUACCAGAAAGAAGUGCAAAGCAAGUUUACAAACUGAAGCAUUGGACUUGGGAGAGUAA